GUUGAUGACGCUCGCCAUCGGGAGGCAUUUGGACAGCCUAUAUGUAACCCAUAUACCGAGCAACAAAUGGUGCGUCUGUGCUGGAGACCCUGAUGCUGGAGUUUGAGAGAUGUUUCCACCGACUGAGUGACAUUAAUGAUCCACUGCAGAGCCCGCUGCAGGGGGACGAACCGCGCGCUAUCAUCUGUUGAUCGGAUUGGAGACAAUUAAAGCGCAUUAUCAUGAGCCGACGCGGUCCGAUUUACAGGUGAAAUUCAAGGAGCGUGAAAUGAUUCCAAAGUCAGGAAAAUCCCCAGCAGACUCGAGGAAAAGUGUCGGCAUCCAUGAGUUUGCAGCACUUGCCAGAUCCUCCUUAAAUGGUAUCUCUCAGGCAGUGAGGGACCAUGUGACGAAGCCCACCUCCCUGGCUCAGGGCCGGGUCGCCCACCUCAUCGAGUGGAAGGGUUGGCCCAAACCUGCCGGCCCCCCGCCAGCCGCCCACUUUAGCUCCUACUGCCAUCUGACGGAAGGAGAGAAGGAGGCCCGGUUCGCUGCAGGAGUGGCUGAGCAGUUUGCCAUCGCUGAGGCUAAACUGCGUGCCUGGGCGUCUAUAGACGAUGACGAGGAAGACUCCAACGAUGAGGACUCCCCCACCAACGGACAGUCUCAGACCUUAUCCAGCCAGAGCUCAGACGCCACCACGUCCAAUCCUAUCGACGGAGCGCCGUGCCAGCCUGAUGUCGAAGGCAGCAAGGCACCGCCCUCCGAUGGCCCCCUGUGCUCCAGCAGCAGUGGCAGGCCUGCAUCUCACAGUGACCCACAUUCAUCGCAGACCAGUUCGCCUACUUUACCCAGCGACUGCAUGAGUCCCUUCCUGGAGGAGGAGGAGGAGGAGGAGGAGGAGGAGGAGGAGGAUGGUCACGAGGAGCGGCCGGCCCUUCCACAGGAGCAGCACAGUGAGGUGUGCAUCCUCCACAAGCCGGAGUGGAGGCCUCGGGCCAGGAGCAGCAGGUUCGACUCCUGCUACUCCACCUCUCGCUCCGAGUCUCCCGGAGAGGAGGACGAGGAAGACGAGGACGAGGAAGGCAGCGUGUUUCACGAGUCUCGUGCUUGGCAUUCCAGCCGGAGGAGCUUCUUCUCCGACCGGGCUUCCUCUGGAGUGGCGUCCUUCGAUGAAGAGGAGGAGAGGGACGAAGUAGAGGAGAAGAAAGCAUAUUUGAUAUGAUGUCGUCCCAUCUUUAUGUCUCUUUGAGUCUGUGUUGAUUCUGGAUAUGACAUAAUCUGUUUCUGCUUUCACUGUAAACCUCUCCACCUCCUCCUUCUCUCCUCUUCCUCUGAUCAUGUCCUCUCCACUCGCUGCCUUCCGUCUCUCAUCCUCCAGGCCUUUCAUGCACUGAUCUCGCUCCGCCGUUUGUCACUGCUGUAAACGGUGUAAUAUUACUGUAUUAAACGGUGUAAUACAGUAUAGUUGGAGAGUUCAGCUGGAAUGUAAAGCUGUUUAAACUGAGUUUUGUACAUUUUUGUGAAUGUGGUGCAUUGGUUUUCUAUGGAUAUUUUGGAGUGUCGUAUGUUUUCUGGGUCAUGCUGUGUCAUGUGGGUCGGGCAAUGUUUGAUACUGAAUGUCUUGCUUAUCUAUAAAUAUGAUUUGUUUUUGAAA